UCUUUUUGUGAGAUGCUUAUGGCUGAAAGACUACAAAAACACAGAUUUCAAAACACUUUCCUUCCACCCUCUUCUUCUGAUUUCCUGUGGAAAAAAAUGCACGGGCUCUUCUUUGUCCUGGUGACAUGCACAGUAGGUGCCACUGCUUUCAGACUCCAGCAAGUAAAAAACACAGAAAACUGCCCAGAUCACACCGUGUAUUUCAAACACUACUAUGAACUGCAUGGAGAACCUGUGGUUCUGAAAUGCCCUUCCCCCAGUUACAAACAUUUGGAUUUCUCUGCCUUGACCCCUAAUAUCACAUGGUAUAAAAAUGGUUCAAACACCAUGAUAUCAGGAAGAGAUGAAGAAUCAAGAAUCUGGGCUAAAGGAAAUGCACUCUGGUUUUUACCAGUGAUGCUAGAAGACUCAGGAGUAUAUAUCUGCACAAGAAGGAACUCCUCCUACUGUGCCGAGGUCUCCAUCCACCUCACAGUUGUGGAGAAAACAUCUGCUCGGGACAUUGCCUAUCACCAGGUCCUCUUCACUUUCACCUCUGGAAAGAUUGUCUGUCCUGACCUGUGGGAUUUUACACCAAAUAGGACAAGCCUGGAGCUCAAGUGGUACAAGGAUGCUCAGCCUUUGGAUGAGGACAAUGAAAGAUUCAUCAUUCUGAAAGGUUCAGCGUCUCUGAUCAUGACAUCUGUGCUACCAACAGAUGCAGGGUAUUACACCUGCAAGAUGUCAUUUCCAUUUGAAGGUGUGGCGUAUGAAAUCACCAGGACAAUUCAAUUGGAGACUGUUGAACAAGAGAAGAGAAUUACCCCGAUAAUUGUGUAUCCAGCCCAAAAGACAACAUCAGCUGCUCUUGGCUCCAAGAUGACUCUCCCGUGCAAAGUGUUUGUUGGGCUGAGCAGCCAUUUCCAAACUGAUGUGGAGUGGCUGGCAAAUGACACCAGCGUUGAUGUGGUUUAUAAACAAAGCAGAGUUACAGAGGGGGAACGACAAGAAAUUGUAGAAAAUGGUGAAAACUUCAUUGAAGUACCACUGAUUUUUGAUUCUGUUGAAGAAGUGGACUUUUACACAGACUUUACCUGUCUGGCCCAGAAUGGAUACGGAUACCAAGAACUGCCAACAAGGGUCAAGCAGGAAGCGGUUGGUCUGUCCUGGUACAUUGCAAUGAUUCCUGUUGUGCUGGCCUGUUUGAUCGUGGGAGGGAUAUGCAUGCACAAAUGCUGGAAGAGUAGAGCUGAUAAAGGAUAUACAAUACCAAAGGUUUAAAGUCCAACUGCCAACAGAACAAAAACUCACCCUGGCCAUUUUUCACAUCAGACACAGCAAGCAUUUCAGACCUGAUAUACUGCAUUCCCAACAGACAAUAACAACAGCUCUUUCCCACUUUUCCCAGUCUUCUAUGAUCUGAUGAAGUUAAGAAUAUAAGUUUGCAUUUUUAAGCUGGUUCGAUGCAGGAAAUCUGGUUCUAUUAUUUUGUAACUAGGGUGCAAUCUGUAGAAUUUUGGAACACAAAAUCAUGCUCUGGAUAUGGGAAGGGUAGGGAAAGGGAGGUGCUCUCACCUUUUGUAAUUCCAACACUUGUACUGUUUUUUUCUAAAAAAGGAAAAGAAACCCCUAAAAUCUAAAAAGGGAAGCUAAGGAAGCUUGCUACAGAAGGACCAUUUGACACUAGAGGGAAAAAGCAAUUUUUCUAUGCAACCAGACUAAAUUUGUAUUACUUGAGUCUAAAAAGAGCCAUUUGUUUUCCUUUUUCAGAGCCAAAUGCAGUUGUCAUGGCAACUGUAUAUCUAUGAACUUCUCCACAGAAAAACUAAAUUUGUUCACCAUUUGGAUUACACUUUGCUUAAAUAGACUGUCUCAGAAUAUCCCUCCCCCAGAGAUAACUCCAUGGGUAUAAAAGAAAACUGUACACAGAAGAAUUCAGUUCUGUUUUAUCUACCAAUAUGUUGUAGCUAGAGAUUUAUAAGCAGCUGUAACGUGUUGUCAUCUUUGCCAAGGAAAGAAUUGGAGGAUGUUUAAGUGUUUUGAGAGUGAUUUCACUAAUAAAAGUUUUAUUCCUGUAAGUGACUGGAUUGCCAGUAAUAAUGAACAGUCUCACACUUUUGUUCCUCCAGCCCUUUUGUGACCAGUCUGGUAUAGAUUCAGAUUGUGUCCCUUAAAUUGCAGUAUGCAAAUUGGUUACACAGGAUGCAAAACACUGCCUGUUAGGUUAACCUAGCUGCAUUCUAGUCUUGAUAUAAAUAAUAAGCAAUGUACACAGAGUUGUAUGUAAUCAGUUGUAAUCAGUUGACCAUGUUGUACUUUGAGGGUCAGAAUGAGUAAAAUUAUUUGGUUACUUCCUCUCUUCCUCUUCAAAGAGAUACCACUCAUGACAGCUGAGAAAUCAUUACAUGAUAUAUAAUGUGUAUUAUCUUCAUCUGUAUAGGAGGGAAGAGAACCUGCAUUAAGGCCUAGAUUAGUACAGAUCCACAACUGUACCAACACCUCUACCAAUACCAAAAUAAUACCAACACCUUUCACAGGCACCAAAGAUAAAGCUUUUUGUUCACACAAAUCAUCCCAGAUGAUUUUCAAAC